UCCAAAAGAAGAGAAUGAAUGUGAGUGUUGUUGGACUUGGAGGCUAAACGAUUUGCAGAAAAAACAAGGAAGGUAGAGGAAGUAGCAGCAUGGCGAUGAGUGUUCAGCUAUCAUCUUCAUCAGGCUUGUGGGUACCCAACUCUCCACACCGUGUUCCCAGCCGAGGCAAACCCGGGUCCCCAUCAGCUCUCGCUGCCACACCACCAACACUCUCAUCUCAACCUCCCACCAUUCAGAUAGUAGGGCUGAGAGGCCCUAGUUGGAGUGAAAAUGGAAUUGCCAAUCCCAAUAGCAAUACAUUUGAUGGCUGUGAAGGAGAGAAUAAUCUUUGGUCUGAACUUGACACUGAUCUUUAUCAUUGGACAAAGGCCUUACGCCCCGUGCAGUGGUUUCCUGGACAUAUUGCAAAAGCAGAAAAAGAGCUGAAGGAGCAGCUCAGGUUGAUGGAUGUUGUGAUAGAGGUGCGGGACGGGCGAAUUCCUAUGUCCACAACUCAUCCUCAGAUGGAUCUAUGGCUUGGUAAUAGAAAGAGAAUUCUGGUUUUAAAUAGAGAAGACAUGAUAUCAACUGAAGACCGUAAUGCUUGGGCAGAGUAUUUUACUAGGAAUGGCACAAAGGUUGUCUUCUCCAAUGGGCAGCUUGGAAUGGGCACAAUGAAGCUAGGCCGGUUAGCAAAGGAAUUAGCAGCUAAUGUAAAUGUUAAACGCAGAGCCAAAGGACUACUUCCUCGUGCGGUUCGAGCUGGAAUAGUUGGAUAUCCUAAUGUUGGAAAAUCAUCUUUGAUCAACCGUUUGUUGAAGCGAAGAAUGUGCCCAGCAGCUCCUAGGCCAGGAGUAACUAGAGAAUUGAGGUGGAUUCGUUUUGGGAAAGAUCUUGAACUUCUGGAUUCUCCUGGGAUUCUCCCGAUGCGAAUCAGCGACCAGUCAUCAGCUAUCAAACUUGCCAUAUGUGAUGACAUUGGAGAGAGGUCCUAUGAUGUGACUGAUGUUGCUGCAGUUCUUGUACAGAUGCUAACAAAGCUUCCUGCAGUAGGUGGAGAUGCUCUUCGUAAGCGAUACAAGAUUAAUGUAGAUAGUCAGUGUGGUAAAACGUUCGUAGAGAAGCUGGCGCUCCAAUUGUUCAACGGAGAUUUUCACCAAGCAUCAUUUCGGGUUUUGUCAGAUUUUAGAAAAGGUAAGUUUGGUUGGACUGCACUGGAGAGGCCUCCUAGGUGAUGUCAGGUUCUUUUGCUCCUACAAGCAGGGCUUCUGUGAAGCUUGAUCUGAAAAAGUUUGGUGGAGACCUGUGGAGACCUCCAGGAGCUGAAUGCAGAACUCAAUCCCUCGCGGUGAUAAAUGAAUGCAUGUGGAUGAUAUAUGUGAAUGACAUUAUGGAAGGGAAAGGCUGACAUGGCUAAAAGCUUUGCAGAUUUGAGGUCCAAGAAACAAAGGAUUUGAAGCAAUAAAUGCUUCUUGUUAUUACCAUGUAAUUAGUGGGUGAUUGGUCUCGUGUAACUUGUGUAAACAACUAGUGGAUACAAUUAGUUGGUCUAUACAACUAGUGUGUCAUAGUGAGUUUGUAUGCAUCAUGAAUAUGGUGUUGUAUAUCUAUAAUUGAUAUAUUGUGAUGUUGAUUCAAACAUAUUUGAACUAAGUUUUUUUUUCUUCUACCCCUACCCAUCGGAA